AAACUGCUUGCGAGCACCCUUCCAGCGAAGCAGAAGCGCACGUAGGGUCUUGUCAAUCUGCUGCUGUUCAGCUUCUGUGUAUGUUCUGGCAGGCGCAGCGUCCUUCUUUGGCUUGUUGGCCUCAAGAAGUGCAAUCUGGUCAUCCAGCUUGCUUUCCUCUUCCUCAAGUUCUUCUUGCUUCUGCAGGAGCUGCGCUAUUGUCAAAACUCCCUCACUCUCUGCCACUUCCUUGGCUGCACGCUUGUUGUCCUCGACCAGCGUCGCCAGCUCAGUCUGAAGCUGUCCCAGCUCUUCUUCUGUUGCUUGCUUGUCGUUUGUGCUGUCUAGCUCGACCUCACUGCUCGAGUCUACCACUUGAGUCUGUAAAGCGCAGUAGAUGACUUGCUUGCCAAACGUUUUUGCUUGGAUUGCGCUAGCUUCUGCGAGACUGGCAAGGGCCUUAUUGCAGUUUGGCUUGCUAAUCACUUGUUGUAGAUUGUU